ACCGUUGAAAACUAUGCCUUCAGUUAUUCGCAACCAUGUAUCUUAACUCGGCAGUAGUUGUUCUCGUAUCAGUUUUCUGUUAUGUUGAAUGUGCUUGUCCAGACAUAAUUAGUAAAUCCAGCUGGGGUGCAAGAUCUCCAAAAAAAACCAAAGCUUUAAGAUCAACACCCCCUUGGAUAGUGGUUCACCAUUCGGACACACCAGCCUGCAACAGCAGAUCAGCAUGCGAAUCGCGUGUCAAAAAUAUACAGACGCAUCACAUCGAUCACAACGGAUGGGAUGAUAUUGGUUACAACUUCUUGAUCGGUGGAGAUGGAAACAUUUAUGAAGGCAGAGGAUGGGGUAUCCACGGUGCACAUGUACCUAGGUACAACGCUAAAAGCAUCGGAAUUUGUUUAAUUGGAGAUUUUCAAAAUACCAAUCCGCCAAGCAACCAACUGCAGGCCCUUGAAAAUUUAAUCAAGUGUGCUGGGGAUACAAAUAAAGUUACUUCAAAUUACCGGGUCAUAGGUCACAGGCAAGGUGGCGCUACUAAAUGCCCUGGAGAUAAUUUAUUCAACAAAAUCAAAACGUACAGCCGAUGGGAGCCCAAUCCCAGCUAAAUUAAUAAAUUAUUAAUUAAAUAAUUAGAGUUUAUUUAAGAUAAACUCACCACUUGUUCCGAUAUUCUUUGUCAUAAUUAGAAUUAUUUAUUAAACGAUCAAAUGGACAGAAAAGAAAAAGGCUA